AUGAAGCACAUAGCCAUGGAGCGAGAGGUGGGAGGAUGCGCCGCGGACGACCCGCGCCGCCUGCUCAGCGUGGAGGCGCGCCCCUACUCGCCGCAGGCUGCUCCAGGGACUGAAGGUGCUGGAUACAGUGGGGACCGGGCGGCCGGCCACAACGAGCAUCUCACGGUGCAUCAAGCACAAUUAGGAGAAAGACUUUAUCCUAAGGUUCACUCGUUACACCCAACGUUCGCGGGAAAAAUAACGGGAAUGCUGUUAGAACUAACACCAGCACAGCUCUUAGUUUUAUUAGCCAGUGAGGACGCACUUAGACAAAAAGUUAGAGAAGCCAUGGAUUUGAUUGUUAUGCACCCUUCCGAGGCUAUACUAGAUUUAGACGUGUUCUCGCUGUCGGAGCGCGGCGCGGGCGGCGCGGGCAGCACGGCGGGUGGCGGCCCCGCCUCGCCUGACGACGCGGCGCCGCUGUUCUACUCGGCCGGCCGCCGUGGGUACUACUCGCCGCGCCAGGGCCGCGCCACGCCCGAGAGGAUCAACGCCUUCCGCAACGUGGGCCGAAUCAUAGGACUGUGCUUACUACAAAAUGAACUUUGCCCCAUGUUCCUGAAUCGUCAUGUGCUGAAGUAUAUCCUAGGCCGUAAGAUUAGGUUCCACGAUCUGGCAUUCUUCGACCCGGUGGUGUACGAGAGCUUGCGACAGUUGGUCGUCGACGCGGAGACCGGUGACUCAAACUCAUUGUUUGCUGCCCUUGAUCUCAACUUUAGUCUUGAAAUGUGUGAAGAAGAGGGAGGAGGGUGCGUAGAGCUCGUACCCGGCGGUCGGGAGAUUGAAGUGACAGCGCUCAACGUGUACGACUAUGUGAGGAAAUACGCGCAACAUCGUAUGCUCUUGUCGCAGGAAAAGGCACUCGAGGCAAUCCGAAUUGGUGUCCUUGAUGUUUUGCCGGAAUCGGCUCUAGAAGGCCUCACUGCCGAAGAUUUGCGUCUGCUGCUCAAUGGAGUGGGAGAUAUAAACGUUACAGCAUUGGUCUCCUACACCAGCUUCAACGACGAGAGCGGCGAACCACCCGAGCGACUCGCGCGGUUCAAGCGGUGGCUGUGGGCCAUCGUCGACAAGAUGACGCAUCUGGAGAGACAGGACUUGGUGUAUUUCUGGACGGGAUCGCCAGCUCUGCCCGCUUCAGAAGAAGGUUUCCAGCCAAUGCCGUCGGUGACCAUCCGGCCGGCUGACGACGCGCACCUGCCGACUGCUAACACCUGCAUCUCCAGGCUCUACAUACCGCUAUAUUCCUCACGACAUGUUCUCAAGCAUAAGCUAUUGCUCGCCAUUAAAACAAAAAACUUCGGCUUCGUUUAAUAAUUAUCCACUUAUCGCCAAUGACGUUAGUUUUAAGCUCGGUAAUUCGAGACUGCCGUUGUAAUCCACUCGUAUAUCGUUGUACUUGUAUUGCCAUAUACCUACAACUAGAUCUAAUUCAAAUUGGUAGUUAGCAUUCUCUCUCAUACAAGGUUGUAUGUUUGUAUAAUAUUGAUAUUAUUAUUAAGAAUUUUGUGACUGGGGCGUGUUAUGACUGAAAUUUAAUAUUCUACUGUUUCCUCAUUGGCCCGCACAACUAUGAAAUAUGUUCUAUACAAGACAUGUAAAACUCAUUAACUUUGUAGUUUUAUUUCAAUGGGUCGCGAUCCGCGCGCGUCUUUUACAACGGCAUAUUAACAAUAACUUGAUGUAUUUGUCAAAUAAUUCAACAACAUACUAUCACUAAAUAAGUUAAUAAUAAUAAUGUAAUGUAGUAAAUAUUGAAAUCAUAAAUAGCGCUUUGUAGAUUUUUUGUUCUGUUCUUUAAAACUUGAGAUGUUAUAUUGUAUAUUUAUUUACAUUUGUUUAAGUGCGGUUAGAGACUUACCGACUGCAUUUCAACGUUUUAUAACAUAUUUAUUGUACCCAUGAAAGGACGAGCAAACACUGACUUAUUUGUUAGUGAGGCUUAUAAUAUAGAGUUUUAUAAAAAGGUGGAAAGUGAUACUCCGCUGUGUUUUGUUUGGAUUAUUGGAAGGAGAGGCCGGCAAUUAGUAAUUGAGGGUCAUGUGAUAACAGAGGAAUAUGCCUCUUAUCUCUAAAUUUAAUAUUAUAAGAGAUUUAGAUGUCAUUCGAUUAGUUAUAUUAUUAAGGUUCAUAAUAAAUACUUCUCAAAACGCUUA